AGAUACUGACACGUGGGUAAACAAGAUAGAGUCUCGAACAAGAACCACUCACUAGCUUUGUAAUGGUUUCUCACUUGACACAAGAGAGAGAAUCUAAUCUGAUGAUGAGAAAACUGCAAGAAACAGAGAAUUGAUAAAGAGUAAUGAUAAUAAAUUGUCCAUCUCCUUCUCUCUGUCGCACGAAUUGCUUGACUAGUAGUAAAAGUAGAAGAAGAACUCAGUGUCAGAGCCGCCUGGUAACUAGAUCAGCAGCGGUGCUUCGUAUAUCCAAGGCGGCGGCGAUCGGGGCCAUAGCUGCGGCGGUUGUGAUAGCUUCGGUGUCUGUAGCUUCAGCAGAGCUUCCUCCGCCGCCUCAAGACGGAGAAACGCUAUCUAACGUACCGCAGACGCUAUCAGGUGAAGACUGCAAGAAACAGAGGAUUCAACGACCCAAAUCCAAGAACGCAGAGAAGUGUACCGUUAAAUGCGUCAACACUUGUAUUCGCAGUGGAGACGAAGAAGGACCCAUCAACAUCAGAAGGCCAUUAGUGGUAUUCAAGCAAGGGUUUCGUAGCCGUAAUUACUGCUUAGUGGAAUGUUCGGAUAUCUGCAAUUUGAUCGGAGAUGGUGACUAUGGACCCUGAAUGAAUAUAUACAAGAUUUAAACAACAAGGAUGCAAACAGCAGCAACAGAGGAGAAUGAAACUGAUCAUAUAUAUAUAUAUAUAUAUAUCUUCAGAUUUGUAGAUUCUGUCUUCUUCUUUUUUUCUUAAUGAAAGAUUAGUUGUUUGCACACGAUAUAUAAUCUCAAUUUAUACGAUCGAUGAUACAUGGUUGGUUGGCUU